GACCCUGUCUGGUACCUGGGAGAGCGAGUACGUAUGCAGACGGUCGGGGAUUUUUCGGUGCCCAGGCCUCCGCCUGCGACCAUGCUGUCUACUCGCUCGAUAGGCGAGUCGUGGAGGGUCCACUCGCGGACUGGCGUGCCGGCGACGGAGUUGGUGAUAGAGGGAGCUAGCUAUUACCAGUUUAUCCAGGAUUCUCUUCGUCUCCCGGAGCCUGGCGCUGAGUGUCCUGACCCUUCGUUGGGGGGAUGGGUGCUUCCCGAUGCUCGGAUCUCGUAUACCGGAGAGAGUGGAUCCGAGAUUGUGGAGACUUUCCCGGAAGACCGGGUUUUCCAUGCUCCGCUCCCUGAGGGAGUACAGGCGGUUCCGGCCCGUACGGCCAAUGCGAUGGUGGGGGUGAUCAACCGGUUGAAGUCCGCGUUGGUUCGAGCUCGGUCUGCACUUUCUUGCAGGAGCCCCCACUCUACUCGGGUAAUGUGCCCUCUUUUUUCUUUUGAUCUGUACCUUUUUUUUGGCUUUCGGUUAUUCACUCUCUUUUUUGUCCUUUUUUGUAGACGGCUGCUGGACGUGCCGGGGCCGACGAAGCGGUUUUGUCAUGGUAUCAGAGCAGGAUUAAAGAUCCUUAGCUCAAUUGUUUCUGAAAUUCCGCAAAAUUGUUUUGCUCUAAAUCAUUCUGUGUACUUGUUCUUUUGA